AUGUCGGAAUUGGACGAGGAGCAAAAGAGAGGUGUCGCAGCUGAACUCGAUCGGCAUUUAGCGACUCUGCACGAGAUCAAGUCUCAAGAAAUUGGUGGACAGUCGGGCAUUGUCAUACCCCCGUAUCGGGCUAUGCGCCAAACCAGCACUGAUAUUUGGCCAAAACUGACGAGCGCGAAUCCCGAAUACGUCUUCUGCCAUAAUGAUCUCUGCCAGUAG